UUGGCCAUGUCAUAAAUUAGUAGAAAAUUAGAGCACCUCAUAUUACAUGUUCACUUAAAGACUUUGCUAAGGAACUGUUUAAUUUUCAGCUGAGAGUAAUGGAAACUUCUGUUGGGCAGCAAAUUUUUUCCGGGAAAAAGAUGACAAAACAGUUAACAGGAAAAAGAGGAGACACUGAAUUUCAUUCAGUAGUGAGAGGUGGGAAUCUUGAAUUGGCUUUGGAGAUAAUCAAUGGCUGUGUAGAAGGAGAAUUGGUAGAAUUAUUGUCAAAGCAGAAUCAGUCUGCUGAAACUGCUCUUUAUGUUGCUGCUGAAUAUGGUCAUUUGGAUUUAGUGAAAGAGAUGAUUAAGUAUUAUGAUAUUGGAACAGCUAGUAUCAAGGCAAGAAAUGGUUAUGAUGCAUUUCAUGUUGCUGCUAAACAGGGUGAUUUUGAAACGGUGAAGGUACUAUUUGAGGUUUUUCCACAGCUAUCAGUUACAUUUGAUCAGUCAAAUUCCACUGCACUUCACACUGCAGCAUCACAAGGCCAUAUUAAUGUAGUCAAUUUCCUCUUGGACACUAAUAGCAGUUUAGCUACAAUACCAAAGAACAAUGGGAAAACAGCACUUCAUUCUUCAGCAAGAAAUGGACAUGUUGCAGUUGUGAAAGCACUUUUAAGCAAAGAAGAAGGGAUCUUAAAUUGGAGAGAUAAAAAGGGCCAAACUGCUCUUCAUAUGGCAGUUAAAGGACAAAGUGUUGAUGUUGUUAAUGAGCUUAUUCAAUCAGAUCCUUCUUUGGCUACAAUUAUUGAUGGAAAGGGUAAUACUGCUUUGCAUAUUGCAACACGAAAAGGCCGCGUAGAGAUUGUUCAAGCGUUAGUAAAGGACAAACGGAUGAAGUGGGACGCCAUCAAUAAAUCUGGUGAGACUGCUCUUGACAUUGCUGAGAAAGUAAGGCAGUCAGAGAUAGAAACAAUUCUAAAGGAACAUGGUAUCCUGAGUGCAAAGAACAUGAAGCUAGUAUUACCAACGCGUUCAGCCAAAGAACUGAAACAAACCAUUAGUGACAUAAAACAUGAUGUUCACAAUCAGCUUGAGCACACUUUUCAAACACAAAAGAGAGUGAAAAACAUAGCGAAACGUCUGAACAAAAUGCACUCGGAAGGGCUCAACAAUGCAAUAAAUUCCACCACAGUCGUUGCAGUUCUUAUUGCCACUGUUGCUUUUGCUGCUAUAUUUAAUCUACCAGGCCAAUAUGUUGAUAACCGUAAGCAUAUUCCUCCUGGAUACUCAUUAGGAGAAGGAAAUAUUGCUCCUCAACUCCCUUUUGCAAUUUUCUUCAUAUUUGACUCUCUUGCACUCUUCAUAUCAUUAGCUGUUGUGGUGGUUCAAACAUCAAUCGUGGUUGUUGAAAGAAGAGCCAAGAAGCAAAUGAUGUCGAUUAUCAACAAGCUAAUGUGGUUGGCUUGUGCAUUUGUGUCUGUAGCCUUUCUUGCACUGUCUUAUAUUGUUGUAGGUAAAGAAGAGAGAUGGAUGGCAACUGCAGUAACUUUUAUGGGAACUUUUAUCAUGGUUACAACACUAGGGACACUGUGUUAUUGGGUAGUUAUGCACCGGAUUGAGUCUUCAAAUUUGAGAAGUUUGCGCAAGUCAGCUCGGAGUAGCAAGUCCUUGUCACGGUCCAUAUCGAUCAUGUCAGAAUCAGAGAUCCCGGAUGAUGAGUAUAAGAAACUAUAUGCUAUUUAGUUCUUCUACACCUUGUAUUUAGCUAUUAGCCUGUAUAUUCUUGUGUAAUAAUAUUUGAUGCUUACACUUCAAGCAUCAAUAUAGUAAAAAAGGGCAGCCAGGUCAGGAAGCAUCCUGCGUUCAUGUAGGGUUCGGGGCAGGGCCGCAUCCCAAGAAGGUGUGAUUUAGGCAGACUACCCUGACGCAAGCAUCAGUAGUUGCUUCUAGGGCUCGAAUUCAUGACAUAUAGGUCAUAAGAAGACAAUUUUACCGUCCUCCAAGACUCCUCUUCAAGCUUCAAUGUAGUACCUUCAAGCUUCAAUGUAGUAGCCGCUAGUUUUUCUGUAGUAUAUGAGCAACAUAAUUGAAAGUGCAGGAUCUUAUGCCAUUCUUAGAAUUAUGAACAUUUUACUACUGGUAGCUGCUAGCUUUGCCCAAGUGAAAAACAACUAGUAUAUGAGCAAGAUAAGUGAAGUGUAGAAUUUUAUGCCCUUGUUGCAAGAUGCCUCAUGAGCUGUUAUUUGAUUAUGCUGAUGUAGCAGCUGAGUUGGCGAUGACGUAGCUGCUGAUAUGUUUUUUUAAAUUGCAGAAGAUACUUAGAUAUUUUCUGUUCCCGGGCUUAAGAUUUUUAGUUGUGAAUUUCCUAGUCUUUAGGCAUGUAGCUAUUGGUUGAUUAUUAGGAAGUUUCUGUUUCAGUUUUUACUGCAAUUCUGUUGGGGAUCUCUUUGUAUUUAAACAGCUCUUCAUUCAGCUUAAUAAAACAUCUCUCAUUUUCUUCUUUA